ACACCUGCAGAGGCAAAAGAGAUCCGCGAAAGACUACGUCGACUAGGACCCAACAGAUUUGUGGAGCAGACCAUCUCUUCUGGUACCGUCAGCGUGAGAAAGCUCGUCACAGCGUUUGGUGUGAGGCCCGAUUUACCUUAUUCCACCAUCUGGUACUAUCAAAUCCUCGGUCGAUGCAUUCAACGCGAGCUUAGAAGGCGACAAAAGCUUGACGAGUACAACACUAUCGACGAUGCCGUUUCACUACUUCAAAAAUCUAAGAAUAUCAUGGUCAUCACCGGAGCUGGCAUCUCAACCAGUCUUGGUAUUCCUGAUUUUAGAUCGAGGAAUACUGGAUUCUACUCACAACUUCUCGCGCGUGGAUUUGAAAGCCCUGAAGAUGUUUUUGACAUUGAGAACUUUGACAAUGACCCGACACACUUCUACCAGCUGGCCAAGGAAAUCUUACCCGUCACUGACAGAUGCUCACCAACCCACGCCUUCAUCAGACUGCUUCAAGACAAGCAGAAGCUGCUCACAAAUUACACCCAAAACAUCGACAACAUCGAAGCCUUUGCCGGCAUCGAGCCCGAGCGACUGAUCCAAUGCCAUGGCUCAUGGGCCACUGCAAGUUGCCGCAAAUGCCAAACCGAGGUCCCAGGCGAUGUAAUCUUCGAAGACGUAAGACAACAACGAGUAUCACUUUGCCAGAAUUGCCUGGACAUGAUCGAAAAGCAACCGCGCAAACGCAAGCGCGUUUCCAACGGCAAGUCGAAGGCGAGAUCGAGCCACUCUGAUUCGGAAGAUGAUGGCCGUUAUGAUGUCCCUCAGCCUGGUGUGAUGAAGCCCAACAUCACUUUCUUUGGCGAAAAACUUCCCAACCGCUUCUUCGACAGACUCACAGAACACGAUGCCGCUAUAGUCGACCUGAUAAUCGUCAUCGGCACAUCCAUGAAAGUGGCUCCUGUCUCUGAAAUCCCCAACUACGUCGACGAAAAAGUCCCUCAAAUCUACAUCUCGCGCGAACCAGCCGACCACAUCAAUUUCGACAUUACACUUCUCGGUUACUGCGAUGAUGUCGUUGCUGAACUUGCCAAACGUGCUGGGUGGACUAUUGAACAUGCGAAAGUUACUGAUGUGGCUUUGACGGCAUCGCCUGGACCUAAGACUGGACAAUGGAUCAUUGCUCCGCCAGGCACUAACAUCGAUCCUCCGACCCCUGCUUCUGAAUAG